AUGGAUUCCACCAAGCUCUACUAUAUAAGUAUUGAAUGGAGGGUUUUCCCAGUCCAUUAUAAUAUUUGCCUUCUUCUGAUCCCUAGCACUCCAUAUCUAAUCCUACUCUAAUUUGUGUUGAGCAGCAGCAUAACUUGAGUCAAGCACGUACCUGCUGGGGCAAUAAAUUUCUUCCAUGACAAUUACCCGGAGACCCAUUUCAGCGACAGAAUUUAGCGCGCAGGCAAUGAGUCGAACUCCCGGCAAAUUCAGAACUCUCCUCUCCAAAGCCCGCAGCUACAUCGGCCUCGCCACCGCCUCAACCGCCGCCGCUUCCGCUUCUUUCUCCACCUCAGUCGCCGGCGCAUCCAUGGAGGAGCUCAGGACCCGCGUCUGCAUCAUCGGGAGCGGCCCCGCUGCCCAUACCGCCGCCAUCUACGCCGCCAGAGCCGAGCUCAAGCCCAUACUCUUCGAGGGCUGGAUGGCCAACGACAUCGCCCCCGGCGGCCAGCUCACAACCACCACCGACGUCGAGAACUUUCCCGGAUUCCCCGAAGGGAUCAUGGGCGGAGAGCUCAUGGACCGCUGCCGUAGCCAGUCCCUCCGAUUUGGUACCCAAGUCUUCACCGAGACAGUAAACAAGGUCGAUUUCUCUUCCACUCCUUUCAAGAUCGCUACCGAUUCGAAGACCGUCGUCGCUGAUACCGUCGUGGUCGCCACUGGAGCGGUAGCCAAACGCCUCCAUUUCUCUGGGUCGGACACUUUCUGGAACCGGGGGAUCUCCGCGUGCGCGGUGUGCGACGGCGCCGCACCCAUUUUCAGGAACAAGCCGCUCGCGGUGAUCGGAGGUGGGGAUUCGGCGAUGGAAGAGGCGAAUUUCUUGACCAAGUACGGGAGCAAAGUUUACAUCAUUCACAGGAGGGAUACUUUCAGGGCAUCCAAGAUUAUGCAGAACAGGGCUUUGACAAACCCUAAGAUUGAAGUGCUGUGGAAUUCGGUGGCGGAGGAGGCUUAUGGAGAAAGGUCGCUUACUGGGUUGAAGGUGAAGAACAUGGUGACCGAUGAAGUCUCUGAUUUGAAAGUUUCUGGGUUGUUCUUCGCCAUUGGGCAUGAACCAGCUACCAAGUUCUUGGAUGGGCAGCUGGAGCUCGACUCCGAUGGCUACGUUUUGACCAAGCCCGGAACUACGCAGACCAGCGUUCGUGGGGUAUUUGCUGCUGGUGAUGUUCAGGACAAGAAGUAUAGGCAGGCUAUAACAGCAGCUGGCACUGGGUGCAUGGCAGCACUGGAAGCAGAGCAUUACUUGCAAGAGAUCGGCGCCCAAGAGGAUAAGAGCGAGCCAUCCAAGAUGUAGAAGGUUUGCUUCUACUGAAGAAAGCAGGAUGUAUUGUGAUUGCUUAAGUGGAGAACUGUAGGCGAGAUUGUGACAGAUUGGUCCUAUUGUUAUGCCUUUGAUGAUGAUUAGCCUGAGUAAAACGGGUUGUUUCUACAUUAAGGCGCAUGGCCUUGAGUGUCAGAUGAUGCUCUCUAUUCAGACAUUGCAAAAGUUUAUUAGUUCGUAAUAGAUUGAUUGGACAUUAUAUUGUGAUGAGUGAUUACGGUGUUCUAUGCAUCAAGAUUUGUGUUAAAGUUUUCAGUUCAUGUGAGCAAGAUGGAGGGGCUAUUUUUUUUUACUUGGGCAGAAAUUCAAAUACAUAUACAUAAAGAGGACAGUAAUCAUCCAC